AUGAAGGUAGAGCUGCAAGAUCAGAAACAGGUGGAUGAGGGCAAAGCCACCCUGGUCUCAAGCAACACACCUUACCUUGGCGGCUACAAAACCACUUCAAAAUCUGUUGAACCAAAUUAUAUAGCUUCAUAUACUGCUACUAAGCACCACCAUCACCAUGAAAAGCUCAAUCAGCCUUACAAAGCUAGUUACACAACUAGUGAUGCCCACAAAGCCAACCAACCUGAUUACUUUUACAAGACCAACACCUAUGAUUUCAAUCACCCUUACGUUACUGCCUAUGGUGCCAAGAAAACUCCAAAAAAGUCACACAAUAGUGAUGCCACUGUACCUUACAUAACUAGUUAUGGUGGAAACACUCCUGCACAAGAAGCCAACCUUCCUUACAUUACUGCCUAUGGUGCUAAGACAGUUCCAAAAGAUUCACCCAGUGAUGAUGCUACUGUACCUUAUAUAACUAGUUAUACAAGAACCACUCCUGCACAAGGAGCCAACCAUCCUUACAUUACUGCCUAUGGUGCUAAGAAAGUUCCAAAAGAGUCACCCAAUGAUGAUACUACUGUGCCUUAUAUAACUAGUUAUGCAAGAACCACUCCUGCAAAAGAAGCCAACCAUCCUUACAUUACUUCCUAUGGUGCUAAAAAAGUUCCAAAAGAUUCAACCAGUGAUGAUACUACUGUACCUUAUAUAACUAGUUAUGGUGGAACCACUCAUGGCCAUGAAGCCAAUCAUCCUUACGUUACUGCCUAUGGCUCCAAGAAAGUUUCAAAAGGUUCAACCAGUGAUGAUACUACUGCACCUUAUAUUGCACAAUAUGGUGGAACCGGUCCCAAAAAUGACCCGAAAAAGUCUUCGAACGUUGAUCGUACAGAGGCUUUCAAGGUAGGAUUUUUCGCUUUGGAUGAUCUUCAUGUUGGGAAUGUGAUGACACUACAAUUUCCCAUCCAAGAGGUUUCUCACUUCCUCCCCAAAAAAGAAGCUGACUCUAUUCCUUUCUCAACCUCACAACUUCCAAGUGUUCUUCAACUCUUCUCAAUCUCUGAAGAUUCUCCCGAGGCCAAUGCCAUGAGAGAAACACUUCUAGAAUGUGAAGGAGAACCGAUCACAGGAGAGACCAAGAUUUGUGCCACCUCUUUAGAGUCCAUGCUCGAAUUCGUUGGCACCACCAUUGGUUCAGAGACCAAGCGCAAUCUUCUCACAACUAGCCUCCCCACAGCCUCUGGUGUCCCGCUACAAAAGUUCACCAUAUUGGAAGUAUCAGAAGAUAUCAAUGCUCCUAAAUGGGUGGCUUGUCAUCCCCUACCUUACCCUUAUGCUCUUUACUAUUGUCACUUCAUAGCUACAGGGAGCAAGGUGUUCAAGGUCUCACUGGGCAGUGAGAAUGGAGAUAACAAAGUUGAAGCUCUUGGCAUUUGUCAUUUGGACACAUCGGAUUGGAAUCCAGACCACAUUAUAUUUAGGCAGCUUGGAAUUAAAGCUGGGCAGGAUCCAGUGUGCCACUUCUUCCCCGUAAAACAUCUGUUGUGGGUUCCCCAACCUUCAGAAGCCACCAUGUGA